GGCGGAAACACGGCGGGAUCAGCUGACUGUACUCGUCUACUUCCUCAAAGUGUAAACACAGGACAGUGUUUCCCAGAUCAACUCAGCCAAGAGCGAUACACAGCAACUGUUUGAAUAUAUAUGUGUAUGCACAAUGUAGCGCGAGGACCUUUGUACGAAGCCACGGAGCGGCCGUGAGAGGAAAACAGCCGAGUCAAGGAGCUCAAAGUGUUAGAGUGCUGUGUGGGAAUGGGUCCCAUCCCUUCCUGGUGCAAAUGGAGAAUAAAGGGAACGACGAAGUGGAAAAAUUGAAGACAAAGUUUCUAUCAGCGUGGCACAAUGUGAAGUACAGUUGGGCCCUGAAACCAAAGACUUUAUUCAGUAGGAAUUCUCCAGUGUUCCUUCUGGGAAAGUGUUACCAUUUUAAGGCUGAAGAUGACGAUGGUCUCACAGACGCUUGCUAUGAAGACUCUGAUGACGACUUUGUCGCGGGGAACGUGGAGGCUUUCCGGAGGGACUUUGCGUCUCGAAUGUGGCUGACCUACAGGGAGGACUUCCCUCCCUUGCCUGGCUCCACCCUGACCUCUGACUGUGGCUGGGGAUGUAUGCUGAGAGCCGGACAGAUGAUGCUGGCUCAGGCACUUAUUCUACACUUCUUAGGCAGAGAUUGGACCUGGCCAGAAGCAUUGAAUCUCCAGCCUUUAGACACAGAGACAUGGACUACAACUGCAGCCAAACGUCUGGUUGCCUCUUUAGAGGCUUCUCUUCACGUUUCCCACCGGCCUUCAGAUCAGGGUUUACCACCCAUGCCUCAGGCCCAGGCUCUGGGAUCUGCAGAGGAGGCAGACCCUCAUCUGAAAGAGAUGUACCACCGCUUACUGGUGUCCUGGUUUGUCGACAGUCCCUUGGCUCAUUUCGGCCUGCACAGGCUGCUGCGCUUAGGUCUGACCAUGGGAAAACAGGCAGGGGACUGGUAUGGACCUGCUGUGGUGGCACACAUCCUUAAGAAAGCUGUCGAGGAGGCGAUGGACCCUGGCUUGGCGGGUAUAACUGCCUAUGUCUCCCAGGACUGCACAGUGUACAGUGCAGAUGUCAUCGAUAGCCACAGGACACAAACAGCGAGGCAGGACACUGCUGAGAGAUCAGAUGCUCCUCCUCCUCCUACGCCGCCACAGAACAACCAACCGACGUCUGCCUCCACUCAGCCAGACAGCCGAGCGGUUAUCAUCCUCAUCCCUGUGAGGCUGGGAGGGGAGAAGACAAACCCUGAGUAUUUUGACUUUGUAAAGAGCAUACUGAGCCUGGAGUACUGCAUAGGUGUCAUCGGAGGGAAACCCAAACAGGCCUGCUACUUUGUAGGAUUUCAAGAUGACAGCUUGAUUUACAUGGACCCUCAUUACUGUCAGUCUUUUGUGGAUGUCAGCACCAGCGAUUUCCCUCUCCAGUCAUAUCACUGCCCCUCACCAAAGAAGAUGCCUUUCAAUAAGAUGGACCCAAGCUGCACCAUAGGUUUCUACUCUCGAAGUGUCCAAGACUACGAGAGAAUCAGCCAGGAGCUGUCGAAGGUGCUGCAGCCGUCAGCGAAGGAGAAAUACCCAGCGUUCACUUUCGUGCAAGGUCAUGGCAGAGAUUAUGACCUGUCAGCCAGCCUGACCCCAGAGAAGAGAGAAUGGCCCUUCAUCCGUGACCCGAGGAGAACGGUCACCACUGCUGGGGACUUUGUGCUGCUUUGACAGCGCUGUUUAAGAGACUCUGAGACUGCUCAGGAUCCAUAGCCCUCCUGUUCAAGACUGACCUUAUACUUUAUCUGGGAAACUUUGUUGUUGAACAAUUUUUCAGACUGCUGUUAGCUAGUUGCCUGGUAAUGUGGAAUGGAAGACAUUGUUGGUGCUCUGCUGAAUUUAAUUACCUAACGUUUUUAUACACUCACUGAGGAAAGAAAAGCAUUUAGUUUAAGGGAACAUUUCAUUUUGCACCAGUGUUUAUAUUUAUAAUGUUAACACCAGAUUUUGGGGUAUUUGGUAAAAAGAGUAAUAAUAAAAAAUGAUUUGCUUAUAAUGAUUGCUCAGUUUAAUUUAGCUCCCUCCUGUUGCCAUACUUAGUAAAUUCAAGGAUGAUGGUGUCAGAUAUUACUCAAACUAUCUGUGGUGGCUCACUUUUAAAUGUUUAAAUAAUACACCUGUAGUAUUUCAAGAAGUGUUUUUCAAGUACUGUUGACAGAUCUCAGAUGCCAUGUCAUCACAGCAUUUCAUUACAGAUUAAUUCCUCUCCCCUUGGAGACGCCUCACAAGAGCAAGCACGUUCUUUAAAGUUCUUUAUUUCUUAAUUGUUUUAUUCACACUAAAUAGAGCAAUAAUAUAUGAUGGUGUUAUGGGAUAUUAUUACAAUUGUGUGUUUUUUUUUUGAGUAGUAUUAAUUUUGACUUUAAAAAAUGUGACAGAUGUAAUGAUGUUUUCUGCUGCACCUCACUAAGCACAAUCUGUUAUGAAUUUACCUAUUUACAAUAGGAUGCUUCAUGUAAUAUGCACUGUACUGACUAUAGUACUGUGCAAGAGUCUUAGGCCACCAUUAGAUUUGUUGUUUUAGCGAUGCUAUAAUGACCAUAUAAUUAUUUCUGAAUCAUUUUGACAAAUAUCUGCUGUGAAAAAGGUAUUUUACACCACAUAUAUAUAAGACAACUUUCAGUCACAUUAUUCCAGUCCAAAUGCCAAUGAUCACAGAAUUUGACAGACAUAAAAACAACAAAGCUGGUGGUGCACUGAGACCUUUGCACAGUACUGUACACACAGUUUAUAAAACAGCGUUUAAAUUUGCAUAAUUAAAGAACAGAUUAGAUUCAAGGAACUGCAGUAGCAAAGGGAAAUAGUACUCUUUAAUCCUAAUAUUAUUAUUACUACUACUUGUUGGUAUGUUGUGUAAAACUAAAAGAAUUUAGCCAUUUCAUUUAAAGCAUUUCUGAGCUCUUACUUUUUCUAACGGGGAUUUCCCGAUGUUUCAUUGUGCGUUUUUGAAUAUUUCAUCAAAUGUAUUCCCUCAUUCAUAUUCCCUAGCACACUUUACAAUAACUUUACUUUAAUAAAGCAGAAGGGAAGAGGCACUCUUGGAUACACGUAAAAGCAACAAAACCCUUGCACUUUAAUCCAUCACUUCAAGAAACACUGAGGUUUUCAGACUGAUUUAUUUUUUCUCCUGUGGUUUCCUGCAUCACAAUGACCUGCAUGUUUUUGGUUUUUUAAGUUAACUUUCAAAAAUUAAUCUCAACAAAUCCAAGAAGAUGUUUCUCAUGCUGUUGGUUGGAGAAGCUGAAUAAAGUAAAAACAUUUGACUUUCUUAAUCAA